UGCUAGUGAAACAUAUCUUAUUCUUCAUCUGAAAGCUGACGAUUGAUUUUUUUUUUUUUUUAAUGGUGGAUGUUCAGGUCAAUUAUGCCUAUUUGCAUCUGAUAUCUGUUAGCUCCUAGCCUCCUACUAGUAUAGAUAUCGGGCUUUCGCGCACUUCUCCAAGGUCUCAGGGUUACAAGCCAACAUGGACAAGAGUGCAUUUUAUGUGGCUGGGGUACCAGAGUCCUUUAAAGAACAGCUGAUACAAGAGAUGCAUUUCACUACAGGUGCAAUCCCUGUCACAUAUGUAGGGGUACCGCUCUCCUCCAGGAAACUUACUAUUCAACAGUGUCUUCCACUAGUAGAGAAGAUAACAGCUAGAGUGAGUUGCUGGACUUCCAAAUUGUUGUCUUAUAGUGGAAGACUACAGUUGAUCAAGAGCGUACUGUUUGAAAUGAAUACAUACUGGGGGCAGGUCUUCCUGUUGCCUAAAAAGGUGAUAAAAAUGGUCAAUACUAUAUGCAGAGUAUUCCUGUGGACUGGAAGUAAUGUGUUUUCAAAAAAGGCACUAGUGGCCUGGGAUACUAUCUGCCAACCACAAGCUGCAGGUGGGCUUAAUGUCAUUGCUUUUGAACAAUGGAACAAGGCUGCAAUUUGUAAGUUAUUGUGGGCAUUGACACAUAGAAAGGAAACGCUUUGGGUUCAGUGGAUUCACGGAUACUAUAUCAAAUGCCAGGACCUUGCAAGUAUGAGUACUCCUAAACAGGCAUGCUGGAUAGUUCGGAAAAUAUUUGAGGCUAAAUCAUGGUUUCCUAACACCAAUGCCAUCACACAUCUGAACCAAUUUGAAGUCGGGGGAAGGUUCAAUAUCAAAAAGACUUACACUGCAUGGUUCCCUCAACUACCAAGGCCUAAUUGGAAGAAUCUGUUACUAUCAUCAGGUCCACUACCAAGGCACCACUUCAUACUGUGGCUGGCAGUACAAAAUCGAUUGGCUACAGUAGACAGACUUGCUAAAUGGAACAUACAGGUGCCUAUGGAAUGUGUGAUGUGUUCUUCACAAGCUGUAGAAACUAUGCAGCACUUGUUUUUCGAUUGCACCUACUCAAAAUAUAUAUGGCACACAAUCUUAACCUGGCUGGGUAUUCAGAAACAGAUAGGCACUUGGGAGGAGGAAGUACAAUGGUUAUCUCAGCGGGUCAAGAACAAGAGGCCAAGGUGAUAUAUCAUGUUUGGGCUGAAAGGAAUGCUCGAAGAUUCAACAAAGAAAGCAGAGUUGCAGUGCAUAGAAUAAGAGAGACAGUGCUAGAAUUACAUAUUAGAGGGCAAUCUAAAUGUAAAUGGCAGAGGCUGUUAGAUCAACUGCAAAAGUACCCUGUCUAGGCUAGUAGAUCUUUCAUCUCUGUAAUAGCUUAGAUAAGGAAACAUGAGAUCUGAACCCAGAGUCAAAACAGGAUCAGUGGUGUAUUAAACUUCUCAUUUGGUUGAAUAAAUUUUUUUCUAUUUGACCAAAAAAAAAAAAGAAAAAAAGACAAAUACAUUGCAUCCAGAAUUACUCAUUUUCCCUCUUUUGGCAUUUUUUGAUGUAUAUAAUAGGGAUGAACUAAUGGAAUUAUAAUAGCUUCUAAUAAUGAUCAAAUACUAGUAUGUUUACAAGUAAUUCUCAACCCAUUUCUUAAGCAUAGUACAUAGACAAUCUUAAGCAAAACUCUCUAGUUUUACAAUUGCCAAAUCUUUUACAUGAUUUGAGAAUGGAAAAUAAAGCCAAAAACAAGUAUUGUUGCUCUAUAAAACAGCUUGUGCAGGCAAAUGUUA